AUGCCAAAGGUUCACCACCAGCUUUUAACAGUUCAGCUGGGAUACUGCAAACACUCACUGCUUUACAAAACUUGGAGCUUGGAGCUAGCCCCCCUAGCUUCAGUCUUCUCACCUCUGAGACAGAAGCCAUCCCAACUCUCAGCCAGUCCCCUCAAUUGCCCCACAAGUAUCAUUCCAGGCUGGCGGCUGCCAGAACGCAGGCGGGACAAACCCAUCCUUUCAGCAUUGGGAACCAUUAAUUAUAAUGUUUCAAAAUUUUUCAUUCCCAUUCUAAAACGCCUCACUCUGAAUCAAUAUACCAUACAGAACACCUUCACCUUUGUUCAAAAAUUAAUUGAGAUCCCACAUGCAAAUGAUUAUGUCCUAGCUAGUUUUGACGUCACUAAUUUGUUCACUAAUGUCCCUCUAGACGAAACCAUAGCCAUCAUUAUGAACUCUUUGUUUGAUAAAUCUGAUAAAGUUUUGGGAUUUAAUAGAAUGUAUUUUAAAAAACUUUUGGAUAUUGCCACAAAGGAUAUAAUGUUUUGGUUUAAUGGAACUUUAUACAAGCAAAUUGAAGGGGUUGCAAUGGGAAGCCCUUUAGGACCUACUUUAGCGAACAUUUUCAUGUGUUAUAAUGAAAGUAAAUGGCUUGAAAUUUGCCCUAUAGAAUUUAAACCCAAACAUUAUUUCAGAUAUGUUGAUGAUACUUUAUUGUUAUUCAAAUCCGAAGAUGAAGUUAACAAAUUCUUGGAAUACCUUAAUAAUCAACAUCCUAACAUUAAAUUUACUUGUGAAAUUGAACAGAAUGGACACCUUCCCUUUUUGGAUAUUGAUAUUUCAAGGGAUAUGAAUUCUUUUGUCUCCUCAGUCUAUAGAAAACCAACUUACACGGGUCUAACAACUAAAUUUAAUUCUUAUAUACCUAUCAAAUAUAAGGGGAAUUUAAUCUCUACGCUGAUUUUCAAAGCAUUCAAAAUUUCCAAGGAUUAUUUUAUCUUCAUUAAGGAAAUUGACUUUAUCACAAAUAUUCUAAGAUUGAACAUGUUCCCAAUUAAUUUUAUUGAAAAGAACAUAAGGACAACUCUCAAUAGACUUUUGGUCCCUGUAGAACCCACAUUGACUGUCUCUAAGGAUGUAAUUUAUAUGAAACUACCUUAUCUUGGAACUAUUAGCCACGUAUACAAAUUCACGUGCGGUAGCUGCGAUGCUACUUACAUUGGGAAGACUUCCCGUAAUCUCUUCAUGAGAAUUGAAGAACAUAAAGCGUCCCUUGGUGGCUUACAGUACACGUCACCUGCUGCACAGCUCUUAUUUCCAUGGAUUUUUCUUGACCUCGGAAGGCCUGGCGCCUCCCGAGAGAUAAGGCGACUGGCUGGAAGGGAAGACGUUGCUUGGGAAGCGCUUGGCGGGCUGAGGCGCGAGAAUGAAGCUGUGGAUAAUCUUUCUCGUGUGCGUUAA